CCAACGGCCGCCGGAAGUUCCCACAGAAUUCAAAAACUUCCCUGAAAGUCCUUCGCGUCUCCCCGUGUUUUCUUGUGUUUUCCCUCGCCUGAGUUUCCUCGCAUUUUCCCGGAAUAGCUUCUGGAUGGGAAGAUGGAGAGCAUAGAGGCUUGUUCAAAGACCAAAUCGGUGCUCAGCGUCCUCGGGCCCAUAGCGAACCAGGUUGUGGAGCUGAAGAGCCGCCAGGGUAUUGUGUGCGAUGCGUCCACAGUGAUGAAUCUUCUGAAGCAAUGUCAGGCACUAGAGUCCUCGUGUGCUCUGCUUGCAACGCGCCUUUCAACUUAUGCCCUGGCCCACAAGGAUGACAUGCUCACCACUGAGGUCAAGAAGCUCAAGACUCAGCUUGAGAAGAUUGCUGUCUCUCUCACAGAUGUCACAAGGGAUCUCCAUCGAGGUGACGUUGGAGUCCGUGACAAUGAUGAUGUUUGGGCAGACAUAGUGGAGGACACAGAGCAGUUGUUGUCCAUACUGACAGAAGCACUGUUGGCAUGGGACAAGGCACAGAUCAGGAGAAUCAGCAAAGCAGUCACAUUCUUACAGCAAGCCUUGUCACACCUACAGGAAACCAGAAGUAUUCAGCGACUUCCAGAAGAUUUUCAGGAAGUUGUCACAGCAGUUGGUGAGUUGCUUGGUCUGGUAGAGCUGAGAUGUGGGGAUCUCUACAGACGAGCCCAGAGGGAGACUGUGAGAUUGUUGUCGCUUCAACUAUGUCACACAAUGCCACUUUUAGCCUCUGCCUGUGCUGCCACAGUAACAAAUCCCUUGAGUAAACACGUGAAGAUGAGCAGAGAAUUGGUAUCGGGUCGCCUCCAGACACUGCUUGGUGACCUUAGUUCUCAGCUGGGUUUAGGUGACCAAGAGUAUGAUCUUGAAGAACCUGGGGCAUUCAUAGUUUGUGUAGAUAAGACCUUAGAAAUGUUAAUAGGUAGUCAAGAGAAGUGUAAUGAAGCCUCAGAGCCUGUUGGUCCCUUGAGCGAUCGUGUGAAGCCCUUACUGGAGGAGGUGUUGCGUCAUGCCAUUGCAGUAGCAUACUGCAGUGUCCAGGAUGAUAACAAACUUAUAAUGGCCAUGUGUGAGAAUGUUCUAAAGCAACUGAAGAUCCUAGUAUCCUUGGAGCGUGAAGGAACUCCUGACUCUGUAGAUGUGCAAAUAUCUUGUGACAUUUUGGCAGACUGUGUGGAACUUCUGGAGCAGAAAGUAAACACAGCACUCAUCAGACUCAUUGCUACAACUUUUGCCACACCCCUGGCACCUCUUCAGUCAAUGACUGCCAUGCUCACUCCUGAGAAAGACAGUCAGUGUCGAGACCAAAAUGCUUUGGAUCCUCUUGUUGCUGACUUUGACCUUCAUGUUGAUCGUAUAUUCCAAAUAGGAGGCUUUGCUACUGCUUGUACUACAGACAUUACUAGAGUCCGGAUAAUUCGUGACAGUCUGCAGACACUGGAGUGGCUGGAGGGAUGUUUAGUCCCUGCUAUUGUUACAGCCUACACAGAUCCUCACCCUAAUGCUUACGGCCAUGCUCUCAUGUUGGUCAAACACUGGAUGGCUACUGUUACUCAGCUGCAGGAGUGCUUGGACCUUAUCAUGGAUCCUUCAGCUUUUAGUUUGGUGACAAAGCAAGAAGUACAUCGGAUAUGGGCAGGGCUGAAGGAGAGGCUGUAUACACAGGAUGUGACAUGGAUAAAAAAGCAGGUUGAUUCUGUUGUCAGCUACACCACACGACUACUUUCAUUGCACCAGAGAGACAAUUUCCUUACCCACUUUCAGGCUGUGGAUCUUCAAGUAGCCGUAAACGAGGUGAAGAGCAGCGUGGCCUCGCUGUCGGCGACCCCAACCGACCUGUCCCGUCACCGCAGCAUGAUCAAGCGAGUCCAGCUGACCCUCACUCUCCUCUCCCGCCUCGCCACCUCUCUCAACGAGGACAAUCUAAACCCGGAGGACGAUCUCAAUGAGUUUAAUGGCCGCCAGAAUUCAGGGGCGCAAAACAAGAUCCCCAAGCUGACAGCGACACAAAAACAACAGCUCCUCACCUCAGACAUAAGGGACAUUCCCGUCGACGUGGCAACACCGGCAUCGAGGACCCGAAGCAGGAGAGCCUCCGACAGUCCACAGCCACCACCCGCCAGCUCGGACCAGAAUUCCCAGCAGCAGAAGCCCCUGACACGGUUCUCGAAGUCGAUGUCGCGCCUUGGGGAGGUUCGCGCUCGUGCAGGCGGAUCUAACAUGUCGGGGCACCACUCCAGAUCGAUGCAGGCCAUAGCCAGCGAGACUCUGGGCUGCGACACAUCCAUUGACAUCACAAAGUUCCUGAGCAGAUCCACCAACACCCUCCCGCCCUCGGCCAGGUCAUCCAGAAGAAAUUUCUCGCUCAAGGUGAAGGAGAUUAACUUGGACAUCGACGGGGCGAUAAACAAAGCCGCGCUUCCCCCUCACCCGUCGGGAACUUCCGCUGUCGCUGAAGAUGGACGGAGAGAUCCAAAUAGCAAGGGGGCCGGAAGCAGCCCCCCUUAAGACCUUGAAAGGACAGCAGAACAUGACGGCGCUCAGGGAGGUGUCGGAUCUAAUAUCCCAAGAGGACACCGUCAGCCACAACACGCACCGAAGCAUUGGGGACGAAAUUUCAGGCAUUUUGGAGAAUCUAACAUCUCUCGCCGGUAGUCUGAGUGCGUUAGCUGCACCCUCGUCGCCACCAUCGGCAG